GGGAAGUGGGUGCUGUGCUGUGCUGUGCUGUUAGUGUUUGGUUUGGUGCGAUGCAUCUUCAUGACUGUUUUAAAACACACGAGCAGCGGGUUCACUGUGCUUAAGUUACGGACUGCGGUGGAGCGAUCGGCCCAGAGCAGAGUAAACAUCCAUCAGUUGAGACGUGCAGCGGGGGAAAGCUAGCUCCAGCCCAGCUAGACUCCGUGACGGCAGCCCGGAGCCAGAGAAGGGAGAGAGCCGCGUCGGUGAGCCAUGGGUUUCCGCAAGAAGAACAAGAGCCCGCCGGUGCUGAGCCACGAGUUUGUGAUCCAGAAUCACGCCGACAUGGUUUCGUGUUUGGCCAUGAUUAUCCUCCUCGGCUUGAUGUUCGAGGUCACAGCAAAGUUUGCCAUCAUGUUCAUCACAGUCCAGUACAACGUAACACAAGUUCUUGAUGAGAAGAUUGAGCCAGUGAACCUUUACCAGUAUGGCCCUAAAGAUGUGGCCACUGUGUUUUUCUACCUGCUUAUUGCGGUCAUCCUUCAUGCCUUGAUACAAGAAUAUAUUCUCGACAAAAUGAACAGGAGGUUGCACCUGUCAAAAACCAAACACAGCAAGUUCAAUGAGUCUGGACAGCUUGCGGCGUUCUACCUGUUCUCCUUCAUCUGGGGCUGCAGCAUCCUGACAGCGGAGGACUUUGCAACAAAUCCUACUUUCUUAUGGGAGGGUUACCCACACACUCACAUGGUUUUUCAGGUCAAGUUCUUCUACAUUUGCCAAAUUGCCUAUUGGCUCCAUGCACUUCCUGAGCUGUACUUUCAAAAAGUACGGAAGGAGGACAUCCCCCGCCAGCUCUAUUACAUUUGCCUUUACGUUGUCCACAUCACUGGUGCCUAUGUCUUAAACCUCCACCGACUGGGCCUAGUGUUGCUGGUCCCUCACUACCUGGUGGAGCUCCUGUUCCACGCUUCACGCCUCUUCUACUUCAGUGAUGAGAACAAGCAGAAGGGUUUUACUCUGUGGGCACUGCUUUUUGUCAUCGCCCGCCUCCUCACCCUCACACUCUCAGUUCUGACGUUUGGCUUUGGGCUGCCCCGCACAAAAAACCAGGGCUUUUCCUUAGCAGAAGGCAACUUCAAUGUGCUCACCGUAAGGAUGACUUGUUUGGCAGCUAUCUGCCUCACGCAGGCUUGGAUGAUGUGGAAAUUCAUUAACUUCCAAUUGAAAAAGUGGAGGGAGCACAGCCAGAACCAGGCCUCAAAGAAGAAGACAGUCAGCCCAAAGAGUAAGCCUCACAAAAGGGAGCCUACAAGGGGAGGUGCUGCCAAUGGGGUUGUGAAGUCUGACGAUAAAACAUCACCACGGGCAAGAAAAGCCAAAGCUUCAUAGAGGUGGAAGAAUUGGGGAAAAUAACAGAGUGAGGGAGUUCUGACAAUGUGACAUUAUGUCUUUAUACAACUUAAAAUUUUGUCUACUGCUCUCCAAAACAAAUGUUUAAGCGCACUAAGAAACCUUACAUAACUGUCCCCUUGGGGUUGAAACUCCAUUUUGAAAAAGUACAGUGUUACUGUCUGCUAGAAAUGUUUAUUAUUAAUUUGGGUUGUCUGCAGAUGGGACGUUGGCAGGACAAUGCUGGUUUUGAUGCUUUAACAGGAUAGAUUUAGUUCUUCAAAGUGUCCUUGUGUAAAACUAUGAUCACUCACCGGGUACUUUUAAACUCGUUGCUCUUCAGUAAUUUGAUAUGGAAUCAGUUAACAUCACAGUACCUUAAAAAGCGAAUUUUGACUUCAGGGCAACUUAAUAUCAAGCGUUAAUGUACAGAUUAACUGUAUGGGGUGUCACUGUAAGCUUGGGCCUCAUUCAGUUAAACUCGCAAAACAGGCCACUGGCUCAAGUCCCAAAAUAAAGCCUUUCUUGCUCUGGAAGAUAGCACUUCGGUAUUCUGCUGUUGUCAGGAAAAUGAAUUGCUCCAGAGGAAUAUUUGUGCUAUUUAGGUAUUUGGCAUAGCUGCAGCCAGAAAACUGAAGCAUGUACUUAACUCUUUUAUCAUUUACUGGCAUUUUGUGAUAGCCUCUGCCUUUGAAAUCCAACAUGUUACAGGAUUGAGGCACUUGUGUAUUUUUGUUUGCUUUUAUCACUUGCCUGGUAAUCAGCUUAACCCUGUUACAGGGCACUCAUCCAGGUUAGGUGACUUACCAAGAGGAAGCUAUACUGUAACCUGUGAUGCUGUACUGUAUGCAUACAGUUAAAUCUUUAUAACGGCAUGAUUGGAAACUUGAGCAAGAAAACUGUGCGAGGCUGCGAUUCAGUCUUUUUUAUGGUAAUGUCAAUGCAUGAUGGUUUAAGGCUAAAGACUUUAUGGCUAGUUCCUACCUGUGCUGUUGAGUUUGCAUCUCUCUCUCUCACACACACACACAAGCAUUCAGUGGCCUUUUUACAACUGCUGCAAGAGGUUUGAGUUAUUUAUUUUUGCCAUAUACUACAGAUAGUUAUUAUUUUAUAUGCUUUGAAAAGCUAUAACCAGCAAACACAGCGGUACAUAGCAACUGCGUUUAGUUAAUCCAAACAAUACAAUCUUUCUUCAAGUGUCCUUAUAAUGUCAGUGGUUUGUAUCACUCGUUCUGCUUGUGUUGCGUUCUGUUUGCCUUCUCUGUUCGCUUUUUUUUUAUUCUUGGGUAUCAGGAGACAUGCUAUUCACCACUUAACACUAUAAAUUACAUCCCAUGGUGCAAUGGGAGGUGUGUUUGUAAGGGGAUGUGUUUGUGUGUGUGUGUGUGUGUGUGUACAGUAUUGUUUUGCCUACUGUGUAUGUGAAUUAACUGGGCGUGAAUGAUGAUGAUGAUGGUGAUGACAACGAUGUUUAUUGCUUGUCUCUCGUAAAAAAAAAAUUGCCUGCGUGCAGAGCAUGAAAUGUGACAAUCUGUUUGACUCCUGCCCUGUUUGUUGUAUUUCACAAUCAUAUCCUAUCUUUUAGUUAGCUUUGGUUGGGUCCGUCUCACUUCCCAACACGCUUCUGUGUGUAACACACUGAGUUGUGGAUAGGUGUUCUAUAGGUUAUUGGUUACUUAAUGCUUAUGUGUUCAAUGUCUCUGCCCCUCAGAUGCCCUUUCCUGUGUGAGAGAGAUUCUGUGAUUUCUGUUUGCCAAAUGUGGCAUGUUUUGUCCUUCCUGCUUAACCUUUUCAAUGAUUCUGACAUUGCUAUGGAGCACACAUAUUGUACUGUUGGCCAUAUUCUUUCCUCUCAUGGACCAAGUCCUGCUCUACUACUAAACCACUGUGCAUGUGACGCUCUGUACAGAAAAGACUGUACUACCUGUCUGCAGACAGUUGGAGUUUGGAGUCUUUAGUCUAGAGCAGGGAGGAGAUGAAGAUGCCAUUCAUUUUUGCUCCCUUUAGCGCUCCUUAUUGGGACUUUGGUGGUCUUUAAAGCCCUAUGUCUGUGUAUGGCAGUGUCAUAGGAGGGAAGGAGGAGCAGAGGACUUAUGUACCAGCCUGUUAUUAAACUGUCUCAGAUAUAAAAGAGAAAAAAAACGGACUUAACCCUACACUGUACUAAAAUAUGUGUCAGAUUUUUAAGCUAUUUUUAUAGAGGGGAAACUGUUGAAAUUCACUGUUGUUCAGUACACACGUGUGAAUAUUUGUUUUGCAUCCAUAUUGAUAUGAAUUGUUUUUUAUAUAAGAAUGAAGCUUGCUGAACUGUUAGCGUGAGUAUACAUUGUGGUAUGAGUGUAAAAAUUAACUUAGCCUAAUGGUUUAUUUAACUUCAUGGCCUUAUUAGAGCAAAGUGAACUCAAUUGUAUAACAGUGCUCAGUUAACACUAUGCUGCAGGUGUACACUGCAGCUUUCACAACUACAUGUUUUAUGAUAGUGAAAUACACUGUCAUACUGACACUAGUCAUUAUCACAUCAGUUUAAAUAUGAUCAGAGGAGCAAAUGGUCAGUUAACUUUUUUAUUUGUUCCAGUCCUGCAGGUGUUUCUCAGUACUCGUGAUUACAGGCCCGGAUGUAGAACCAACAAACUACAUUUUGCAGAGUGAAACCAUCUGUAAGCUUUCCUUGCUCAUCAGAUGUCAUACUGUACAGCUGACGUUUAGGCUCUGAAAUAUGAGCCACUCGGCAGUUCGCGGUCCCCUCGCUUUGAGACACAAUAGCCUGUAUAAUCCUACAGGAACGCACUUUUUUUUUUUUUUUUUUGCAUAAUAUGCAUUAUGUCAGAGCACCAUAACACUGCUCACUUGGGCUGUUUCUGCAUUGAUGCUCAAUGAUUUACACAUUUGAAUUAAAACUGCAUUUUGUAAUUGUUGAAAACCAAAAAAAAAAGAAAAAAGACUGCAAUGAUUUAACUGUAUGAGCAACCACUAGGUGGCAACAAUCAUUAAUGCAUCUAACCAUGAGAUCACUAAAAAAAAAAAAGACCUGCACAGCAGAGACACACAUUUAGUGUAUUCUAUUAAUUAAUUCUGCAUUGUCUUUGAUUUGUUUUUAUUUUGCUGCUUGUUUAUAGAUGUUGCGAUAUAUUUCCUUUUCAAAUAUGUUGUCUCUGAACUGCUCUGAUGGUAUAAAUUUAUGCAAAAUAUUGUGAGUUCUGAUCAUUUUUCUUUGUCAUUAUUUUUUUUUAUUUCAUGUUUGAAUAAAGCUUUUAUUCAUUACACAAA